UUUACGUAUAUGAGUACAUUUGACGGCUCGCAUCUUUAAGCAGCAGUUAGUAAAAGCAACAUGAAUACUUAAGUUCGCUAAGUCAGUAAAUAAGACCUUCGAAACCAAAUAAACUUACUCUGACACGCCCAAUUUCAGAUUCUAAUUGUUUGAUUUGAAUAUUUGGAGCCUCGAAAAUAAUUGCAGAGAUGAGCUGGAUGCGAAGCGUGUUCUUCUGCUCGGCCCUCGUCAUGGCUGUAGUGGCCUAUUUGCUCCAUCGGCAUACAGUUGUGGAUGAGAGACUGCAGCUACCGAUGACUCACACCCAUUUCAUGCUACCCAUCAGCAGAAUUAUUAAAAAAAUGAGGGGGGCCUCCGUGAACGUUGACGGGCCCACGUUUCGAAACAGUCUGAAGCCUCACUUCAUGUUACGCAGCUUCUGUUUGGGAAAAGACCCGCCACAGGAACUAGAGAGUGUGUUCAAACAAGGGGGAGUGGAAGUGAUGCGGUUCAAGAGGGUCAAACGUGUUCAGAACCCGACGACAACAUUAGUGUAUAUUCACGGGGGAGGAUACGUCAUCGGCUCUCCGGAAAUGGUAGCUGGGCCGAUUCACAGACUGGAACACGGCACCGACAGUCAGCUGUUCUUCAUUAGAUACAGACUCGCACCUGAACACCUGUUCCCCACAGCUGUGGACGAUUGUGUGGCCAUGGUCAAGUACAUCAUGGACCAUAGUGACCAGCUGGGAGUGGAUAAACACAAUGUGCAGAUAUUUGGGGACAGUGCGGGAGGAAUGCUGGCUACACUUGUGGCCAUUGAACUGCUGAAAAAUCAGGAGCAGUAUCCUCUUAAGGCCGUGCACGCUAUCUACCCAUGGUAUUAUAUCCUAAAUGACAUGCCAUCCGCAAAAAAGUUCUCCAUCGACCCCUCAGACGUCUUGGACCAGACAGAUCUCGCAAGAUUCAUGAGUUUCUACUUGCUCGGAGACACGUCAUGCAUGCAAUCCAAGGUCACUAACGAACAUCUCACACAGAAAGUGUGGGAGAAAUACUUGCUCAAAACAAAAGAGUUCAAACUGAAGAAUUUCCCUCAACCUGUGACUAGUCAUUUCAAAUCAUCAAAGGACAAGUCCAGUGACUGUGCAGCGAGACUGGAAUCAAUGCUUCUGGAUCCCAGAAACAACAUCAUUUUCCAUGAAAAAGACCAGUUGCAACGUCUGAACAAAACGGAUUUCAGACUGUAUAGCUGUGAAGUGGAUAUUUUGAGAGAUGACUCAUACCUGAUGGCGUCCAUGUUGGAUGCGCUUGAGGUCAAGUACAAUCAUGUGAACAUUGAGAGCUGCUAUCAUGGGUCAGUUCACUCUACCAACGCAGUGGGAGGCGAACAAUUGCGACAGGAACUGAUUCGAUCAAUGCGCCGCUGAUAAAACUAUCGAAAACUAUUAAAGCUUUUAAUUGAUUGUUUACUACGUUUCCUUCGUCAGAUAAACUCUUUCAUUACUUUAUCAUAUGUAUCAAGCAAAAAAUUGGCAUAGGGCGAAAGGGAACCUAGGAUAGAAUGGUAUAGAAAAGCACAAAAAAGUUUUGUUACAAUUUUUGCUGUUACGGGAAUUGAGUUCAUGAAAAAGGCUCGAUUAAUGCGCCAGAACGAAAACAAAUUUUCGCACUGAUGUAGAAGUAACUGUACUUCGCAAACACAAGCGAUAAAACGACAAAAAGCAGCUCCAUCAUAACGAAUCCUUGAGCUAUGUUAUCAAAUAUGAAGCAAUUAGAAAUAACCUAUGGAAGCACAAAACCAAUGAGACCAUUAAAAAAAGGAAAAUCUUUGUUUUUAUAUUCGUGAUUUUAGAAAGCUUAAAUAUUGUAUAUGUCUGCAA